UGGAUCGAUAUCUGCAUCGAUCUGCCCACCCUUGUCUCCUGGAUCGUAGCUGAGAUCAGCGUGAACCACGUGGGUCUCUGCUCCCUGAUCUGUUUCCUGUGUUUGGAAAGAGUUCCAGCUUCAUCACGGAGUUUCUCUCGGUUUGUGGGCUCAUCUAAAGAUGAUCCUGAGAAAGCUGAGCCACCUGUGGAAAAAGCAGAAAAAUGUGUGUCUGAUAGCCUGCUACCUGCUACACCUGACCUGUCUUUUGAGGACCAACACGGAGCGAGAAGUCAGCGCUCUCAGGAGGCCGACAAACCUCGCAGAAGAAAGGGACAGAAAAGAUACAGCUGUGAUGAGUGUGGGAAGAAUUUUACCCAUCUUGGAAACUUUAAAGCACACCAACUCGUCCACAGUGGAGAUAAAAGAUACAGAUGUGACUUGUGUGGAAAACUUUUUACCCAGAAAGGACACCUAAAAUCACACCAGCUCAUCCACAGUGGAGUUAAACCAUACAGCUGUGAGUUGUGUGGAAAGUCUUAUACCCACCCUGCAAGCUUAAAAUCACACCAGCUCAUCCACAGUGGAGUUAAACCAUACAGCUGUAAGUUGUGUGGAAAGUCUUUUACCCACCCUGCAAGCUUAAAAACACACCAAGUCAUCCACAGUGGAGUUAAACCAUACAGCUGUGAUCAGUGUGGUAAAGCUUUUACUUGCAGUGGUAACUUACAGCGUCAUCAACUCAUCCAUUCUGGAAUCAAGGCGUACAGCUGUGGUCAAUGUGGUAAAACUUUUGCUCAGAGUAGCACUUUACAACGUCACCAAGUUACUCACUCUGGAUUUAAACCGUACAGCUGCGACUUGUGUGGAAAGUCUUUUAAUGAUCCUGCAAACUUGGAAAAACACCAACUCAUCCACAGUGGAGUUAAAGUGUACAUAUAUGAUCCUGAGAAAGCUGAGCCACCUGUGGAAAAAGCAGAAAAAUGUGUGUCUGAUAGCCUGCUACCUGCUACACCUGACCUGUCUUUUGAGGACCAACAUGGAGCGAGAAGUCAGCGCUCUCAGGAGGCCGACAAACCUCACAGAAGAAAGGGACAGAAAAAAUACAGCUGUGAUGAGUGUGGGAAGAAUUUUACCCAUCUUGGAAACUUUAAAGCACACCAACUCGUCCACAGUGGAGAUAAACCGUACAGAUGUGACUUGUGUGGAAAACUUUUUACCCAGAAAGGACACCUAAAAUCACACCAAGUCAUCCACAGUGGAGUUAAACCAUACAGCUGUGAGUUGUGUGGAAAGUCUUAUACCCACCCUGGAAGGUUAAAAACACACAAACUCAUCCACAGUGAAGAGAAAGCGUACAGCUGUGAGUUGUGUGGUAAAGCUUUUACUUGCAGUGGUAGCUUACAGCGUCAUCAAGUUGCUCACUUUGGAAUUAAGGCGUACAGCUGUGAUCAAUGUGGAAAAACAUUUGCUCAGAGUGGCGCCUUACAACGUCAUCAAUUUACCCACUCUGGAAUCAAGGCAUACAGCUGUGAUCAGUGUGGAAAAACUUUUGCUCAGAGUAGCCACUUACAACGUCAUCAAGUUACUCACUCUGGAUUUAAAGCAUACAGCUGCGACUUGUGUGGAAAGUCUUUUAAUGAUCCUGGAAACUUGAAAAAACACCAACUCAUCCACAGUGGAGUUAAAUCGUACAUGUGUGAGUUGUGUGGAAAGUCUUUUACCCAGGCUGGAAAUUUAAAAAGACACCAAGUCAUCCACAGCGGAGUUAAACCAUACAGCUGUGAGUUGUGUGGUAAAGCUUUUAGUUGCAGUAGCACCUUAAGACAUCAUCAAGUUACCCACUCUGGAAUCAAGGCAUACAGCUGUGAUCAGUGUGGUAAAGCUUUUGCUUUCAGUAGCACCUUACGACAUCAUCUAGUUACCCACUCUGGAAUUAAGGCGUACAGCUGUGGCAUUUGUGGAAAAACUUUCAGGACGCUAGGUUACCGCAAUAUUCAUGUACGGAUUCACACCAGACAUGAUAUUUACUCCUGUGAUCUGUGUGGCAAACUGUUUACAACAUAUCCACACUUGCAACGCCACAAACUUACCCACACUGAGGAGAGACCCUAUAAAUGCGACCUGUGUGAAAAGGCCUUUAAAGAGCAACGUUUCCUGAGAGUUCACCAUCAGAUCCACACCAGAAAGAGACUAUAAGUGCAGUUACUGUGAGAAGCAGAGCGACACAGAUAGAUCCAGUUCUCAACCCUGUCAUCGCUGUGGUGGUGGGAAAGAGUUUCAGUCAGCAACUGAGUCUAAAACGACAUCAACGUAGACACAUUGGAGACAAAAUGAACUACUGCAAAGAAUGUGGGAGAAGCUUCCCCACAUCAAGUGAAUUAAAAAAACAUGAAUUCUGUCACAGUGGAGUUAAAAAGCAGCUUCAAGAAUCUCAGUUCAUACUCCAAACACAAACGAUCGCACGCUGUAAAUAGUUUUACUGUUACUAAUAUGCAAAAACAUUCACUUCAUUAUCUGCUCUGUGCAAACAUCAGCGUGAUCAUGCAGAACUGAAUUCACUGGAUCACAAUGAAUCUGAAGAGACAGUGAAUAAUCCUGGAUGUUAAAUUCAUGAAUCUGCAAGUAUAGAUAUCUACGCCAAGAUUUUUUCCUUUUCUUACAACCACUGAUCAAUGGCCAUGAGUACCAUUCGCAGAAAAUAGGGAUAUACGUGAAAAUGGAAAGACCAUCCCUGAAUCGAGGAGGGGACAUAAGGGUACAUCUUUCACCAUCUUACAAUGCUGUGAUUGCAGCCAUUCCCCAACUCUCUGUGAAUGGUACUCAUGGCCAUUGAUCAGUGUUCUUUGAUCGGUGGUGUUUGAUCAGUGAUUGUUGAUCAAUGGUCAUGAGAAUUUGCAUAAUUAAGAUUAAGGAACUGACCUCCCAGCUCAUUCCUUCAGUGGGUUGGUUUCAGUCAUUAUUUAAAUGUACUGUUUAUAAGAUUGGGGAAACCUGCAGUCAGCUGAGACUGAAGAAGUCACUGUUGGAUGAGUGACGAAACGUUUCUCCCACAAAACGCUACGUCCAGAUGAACAGAUUCAACUUUUUGGAGAUUUACUUUCCUGGAUGAUUGAGCAUGCAUCAAAACGUUAGUAGAAUUUAGUACUUUAAUUUUUAUGUGGCAAUGGUAUCUGUUAUACAGAACUGAUACUACAGCAGCCCUUGCCCAUAAGUUGAAUACACAUUUAAAGAUUGAAUUUGUGCAGUAUUUGCUUUUUUUUUUGAUAACCAGCUAACACUGAUAAUUAGAGGCCUCAUGACUUAUUAUUAUUAUUGUAUAUUAAAUGAGAGAAAUUACAUUUCUCAAAGAGAACACUUUGAUUUGUUGUUAUGAGUAUUAGGAGGUAAUUAACAUUGAUUUGUACCAUUACAAUAAUCCAGCUGGAGUUUCAUCAUUUUGGAUUUUAAUCACGGAUUAAUUUUAUUAUUUUCUGUUUUUAAUUUCUUGGAUUUUUUUAUUGCUCUGUUG